AUGGCUAUUGGCAUGUCGCUGUAUGCGUUAGUAUAUGAGAAGGCGUACCACCUCCCGUUAGAACUUGAGUACAAGGCUCAAUGGGCCUUGAAGAAGUUAAAGUUAAACCUGACAAGAGUUGGAGAUGCCAAAAAGCUUCAACUGAAUGAGCUGAUUGAAUGGCGUUUGACCCAUAUGAAAAUAGCAAGUUGUAAACUGAAAUCAAGAUGGUUUGGCCCAUUCAUAAUACGUAAAGUUUUCCCUCAUGAAGCUGUGGAGUUAAUGAAUGAGGACGACGACAACAUGUUCAAAGUCAAUGGUCAAUGCCUAAAGCUUUACCAUGGAGGCUCGAUUGAUCGCAUCAAAGAGACCAUUGGCUUAGACGGGCAAGCCUGA